GCUGCUUUACAAAUUGCGUACUGGCAGGUGUUACUUGCAGGAACCCUUGCUGAAUGAUUUCGACACCAUGAUACGUGAUAGCCUGUCCAGAAUAACCAACACUGCCAUCACCGACGUAAUCUGGACACAGGCGUCACUUCCGGUAUCAAGAGGCGGUUUAGGCAUUAGGAGUAUUGUUAAGCUAGCACUGCCGGCCUUUCUGGCCUCGGCUUAUUCAGUUGCUCCCUUGGCCUCCGCAAUUACGAACUACCAGCCGGAGACGUAUUGUAGUGAACCAACCACCUUAUGGCAGCAGUUGACGAAUCAAGAUGCGCCGCCACCUGGAGUUCGGGGAGUGCAGAAAGCGUGGGACGAACCUAUCAUAAGAUCAGAUUUGAGACUGUUGGAGAGGGCUUUUGAAAACGAUAUCGCUAGCCAGGCGCGGAUGUUGGCAGUCAGCACCAAAGAGGCGGGCGCAUGGCUCCAAGCACUACCGGCAGCAUCCCUUGGAAACUUACUUAACGACUCCGGCCUAAGGACAGCUGUGGCGCUGCGCCUGGGUGCACCGGUAUGCACACCACACCAGUGCAUUUGCGGCGACCAAGCGGAUGAGCAUGGCUACCAUGGCUCAAGUUGCAAGUUCAGUGCCGGGCGGAAACCGACCCAUGAAAGUCUCAAAGCGGUCAUAAAGCGCGCCUUUGCGUCAGCUGGAAUCGAAACUGAACUGGAACCUCCUGGAAUCUCCCGUACAGAUGGCAAACGACCAGACGGAGUGACAAUUUCCCCGUGGGAAAGAGGAAAGGCGCUGGCAUGGGAUGUAACCUGCCGGAGCACCAUGGCCUUGUCGUACAUUGCAGCCACAUCCACUCGAGCCGGAGCUGCAGCAGCGCUAGCCGAGCGGAGCAAGACCGAGAAAUACCGCAACAUCACCCAGGAUUACUGGUUCAAGCCUCUGGCUUUCGAGACCUACGGAACAUUCGGACCAGAAACCACAGGGCUGCUUACCGUGCUAGGGAAGAUGAUACAGCAGCAGUCAGGCGAACCACGAGCACUUGAGUUCUUGCGUCAACGUAUCAGCAUCGAAAUUCAGCGAGGAAACGCAGCAUCUAUCAUGGGAACAGCACCACCGACGGCGAAUUUAGACGAGAUCUUUUCUGUUAUUCGCCCUCCUGUGGUUGUAGAUGUUGCUGUGUAACUCGCCUGUGUUUUCAGCUUCUCAUGAACUUGUGUAAAAUGUGUGAAAAAAUGUUUGUUGCUUCUAAUUAAAGCACUAG